CCAUUUCAUUGUGCUCUUCUUUGGAGGCUUGGAUUUGUGUCGAUCCGCCUCUCUCUCUAAAAUCUCUUCCUCUCCUUUUUAGUGUUAGGGUUCUUUUUUUCGGUUCCGUUUCAAUGGCUUCCUCUUCUGUUGAGUUCCGUUGCUUUGUGGGUGGCCUUGCUUGGGCCACUGAUAAUAUUGCCUUAGAGAAAGCUUUCUCUCCAUUUGGUGAUAUCGUUGAAGCCAAGAUCGUUAACGAUCGUGAAACCGGAAGGUCGAGAGGAUUUGGAUUCGUGACGUUUGCUGAGGAGGAGGCGAUGAGAAGUGCUAUCGAGGCGAUGAACGGCCAGAAUCUUGACGGUCGGAGUAUUACCGUCAACGAGGCGCAGCAAAGAGGUGGAGGAGGCGGCGGUGGUGGUUACAACCGUGGUGGUGGUGGUGGAGGUGGAUACGGUGGACGUCGUGAAGGAGGAGGUGGAGGUGGAUACAACCGUGGAAGCGGUGGUUACGGUGGAGGUGGAUAUGGAGGAGGUGGUUACGGAGGCGGACGUGACCGCAGCUACGGUGGAGGUGGCGGUGAUGGUGGUUCCCGUUACUCCAGGGGAGGAGGAGGCGGCGGAUCUGAAGGAGGAUGGAGAAAUUAGACUGAAUUUUAUGAUUUUUAACUUUUGGUUUCGAAGUAUUAGUGUGAUGAAAAAAUCUUAGCAGUUCGUUUUUGAUUUUGUGGCUCUGUUGUUCCGUUUGGGUGCUCUCUUUUUUGACCGAUUACCGAUGGGUUUCGUGUUCCUCAUUAUCGAUCUAUGUUACGAUCAAGAAGAAAAAAAAUUACAUAAGAAAAUGAAGUACAGUUCUUCGUUCUCACAAAGAA